AGUACUGUUAUUGUUUGAUAAAAAUACAACACUUUUAUUACAACUGAUUCUCGAAAUUUCUGUAGAUCGUUGAGUAAUAAUAAUAAAUGUGAUUUAAUAAGUGGUUUUAAUGAGACAUGUCUGAAACGUAUUUGAAGAAUGUUUUUAAUUUAAUUAUGAUACAUUUUAAGUAGAAAUGGCCGAAAUACUUUUUAAUAAUUUAUAAUAACCUAACAAGUAAAGAUUAGAACAAUUAAACAUUCGUGAUUCUAAAUUCGUGUGAAAGUUUGAAAAAACAAUAAUGGACGCGCGUAACAAGUCUCGUUCGUUAGACCACGUUAACUGGUGGGAUCCGGUGCAUUGGAAGGGCAAAGCCCCCAGAAGUGUUUCGUCUAUGUCAUUAGAAGAAGCUGACCCCGCUGAGAUCCGAAACGGCUGGCUCACACUACCAGAAACUAACAAUAAGGCCAGAUUUCAACAGAAACAACUACAAGAAAGAGAAUUGAAAAUAGCAUCGCUUUACGAAGCGCAACAGGCGCGUGCCUUGGACCGGGUGAGGCAAUCUCCCAGCAAUGGCGUUAGUACAUCCUCACCGCAGCAGCCGACGCCUGUACCUCAUCAGCCAGGAAAGGUUCGUCAAAUGUUCGAAGAGAGACGCACAAAAGCAGGCAUUGACAAGAGCUACCCGCUACAGCCGAUACACAACACCGAAAGAACGAACCGGAAGACAUUACCGAACGGAUACGCGAAGGUUUCGAAUUCCACCACCAGCACGAGGGUCACAGUCGAGAAGCGAUCGCAGAAGACACAUACAACAGUCAGCUCUCAUAGCGUUAAGAAACAGCAAAAAAUAGACAAUUUGGUGAACGGCUCCGGUGAUCUCAAUCACAAUCACGAAGACGACAUUAGCGCUGUUAAACAUUCGCUUCCACAAAGCAACGGCGAAAUCGGUGCAGACAAAGAUGAACCGGACAAGGUGGAAAACAAUAAUGAUUUACUAGAAAAUGAAACGUUUCCGGAAAUGUUGGCGCCCAUACCCACGCCCCGGACACCGGAACCGAUUCCCGAAACAAAGAAGACUACUGUUACUAAGACUGCACCAGCCAAAACGAGCCCUGUAAAAUCGAAACCACAGACACCCGUCACGGCUUCACCUCGUAGAAUUACCAGUGAUAGAAGCGUAUCGGAGACGACUAAGACACGGGGUGCUAUGCAACGACCAGCCAACACAACACCCAGAAAACCACCUGUGAAGGCGAACAGUGCGGGUUCUGGUACUCCUAAGGGUCGGUCCACAACGGCGACAGCUCCAAGCAGCGCGGCCGCGUCGGGUGACGCGUGCGGCGUCUGCGGUAGACACUUCGCCUCCGAUCGCAUCGCUAAACACCAGGAGAUCUGCAAAAAGGCCCACAGCAAGAAAAGGAAACCCUUUGAUGUACUCAAACAUCGUUUGGCUGGUACCGAAGUUGAAAGUUAUAAGGGAACGGAAGCAGAGCCCUUUAUCAAUAAAUUGCGCAAAACCACCGCUACUCCGUCAACUACUAAAGUGAACAAAGGCAAGCAAUUGAACAGCAACUGGCGACAAAAACACGAAGAGUUCAUCCAGGCAAUACGAGCGGCGAAACAAGUGCAGGCGCAUCUGAAUGCUGGAGGUAUAUGA